UUGAUUAAAUAGCAGCGACUGCAGUUCAGGCGCUGCACUCACUGGGAUCGCUUUCGCCAGUCUUUCUGGUCUUCCCAAAAAGUGAGUGACCACGAAGGCGGGCAAUCUUGGCACCUGUAAGGAUGGGAACGCCGAAAAAAGUGUGCAUUGUCGGCUCCGGGAACUGGGGUUCGGCGAUCGCAAAGAUCAUUGGUGCCAAUGCGGCCAAGUUGGACAAGUUUGACAGCACGGUCAAGAUGUGGGUCUUUGAGGAGACGGUCAACAAUCGGAAACUGACAGAAAUCAUCAACACUGACCAUGAGAACGUCAAGUAUCUGCCCGGGCACAAGCUACCCCCCAAUGUGGUGGCAGUACCAGAUGUGGUGGAGGCGGGCACAGGGGCCGACAUCCUGGUAUUUGUGGUUCCUCAUCAGUUUAUCGGAAAACUCUGUGACACGCUGAAGAGCCACAUGAAGAAAGAUGCCAUUGGGAUCUCUCUGAUUAAGGGUGUGGAUGAGGGACCUGAUGGACUGCGACUGAUUUCAGAUAUCAUCCGAGAGAAACUGGGCAUAGAAGUCAGUGUUCUGAUGGGUGCCAACAUUGCCAAUGAGGUGGCCGAUGAGAAGUUCUGUGAGACCACCAUUGGCUGCAAGGUCAAGGAGCAUGGAGUGCUGCUGAAGGAGCUCAUGCAGACAUCUAACUUCCGUAUCACGGUGGUGGAGGAGGCCGACGUGGUGGAGAUCUGUGGGGCACUCAAGAACGUGGUUGCCGUGGGCGCCGGAUUCUGUGAUGGCCUGGGCUUCGGUGACAACACAAAGGCAGCAGUGAUCCGGCUGGGACUGAUGGAGAUGAUCGCCUUCGCCAAGCUGUUCUGCACCACCGGGACCGUCUCCUCGGCCACUUUCCUGGAGAGCUGUGGCGUGGCUGACCUCAUCACCACGUGCUACGGAGGGCGCAACCGCAAGGUGGCCGAGGCGUUCGCAAAGACUGGCAAGUCCAUUGAACAACUGGAAAAGGAAAUGCUGAACGGCCAGAAGCUGCAGGGACCCCAAACCUCAGCUGAGCUCAACCACAUCCUGAAGCACAAAAACCUGGCAGACAAGUUUCCCCUCUUCAUGGCCGUGUACGACAUCUGCUACGAGGGACGUCCUGUGACCGAGUUCAUCAAGUGUCUGCAGAACCAUCCGGAGCACAUGUGAUGUGUUGCCAGACUCGAGGCAGUCGGCAGGGCUCUGUGGUCAAAUUGGGGAUUAGAGAUGGGGAGUUUGUCAUGACAACCAGAAGAAAAGGGGGCUAUGGCAAAUCCAAUGGGAGAAGCUGCUUGUUAGAAGACCUGCUGGGAGUAUUGCAUUAUGGGUGACUGGGGAGGGGGGGUAGACAAACAAAGAUUUGACCCCAUUUUGGCGAGGGCUAGUUUGCAGCUAAUGGCCCCCAAAGGAGACAGUGAAGGGACAUCGUAUAUAUCCUGAGCAGACAGUAGGGCCUCCUGGUGGCAAAGUGGGGGAUGUGGGGGCACCUCGGCCUUUCUCAUUGCUGCACUUGAUUUCUCGUUUCUAUGUCCUCUUUUUUUAAAAUAAAACUUUUUUGUGAGAAUAUGACACAAAAUACUAACUAAACAAUAAUCAUGGAGCAGUGAUUUAAUGAAGACACAAAAUAAAUUAUUUUAAAGUAAA